AUUUCUGAAGUCUUUGCAGAUAAGGCCUAGGUAUUUCUCAAAAUGAAGACUGUCCUUGUAUUCAUAGCCCUGCUGGUGGCUGUUCAAAGCAACAAAUUAGUUCCCAAGACAGUGGCAAAAGUGAAAGAUGAAUGCUCCCAGACCAUUAAGGUUGGAAAGGGUACAUACACAUUUUAUACGUGUCCACAGGAUUACUACGCAGCUGUGAAAAUGUGUAAAUCCAAAAAUGUCAAAGGCAACUUGUUGUCUAUCCACACCCAUUCCUUUCAUGUGAAACUUCUUGAAGAAUUGAAGCAUUUCAGUAAUACUGAGCAUGAAGUCUGGAUUGGGGCCACAAAAGGCAGCUGGAGUUUUACUUACUACUGGACAGAUGGAAGCCAAAUGGACUAUAAGUUCUGGGCCCAUGGUUCACCUUCUCAUGGCUUUUUUUCUUCAGCUUGCGUGCUGAUGGAAACAAAAGAUCCAGGAUACUGGCGUGAUGUGGACUGCUCCACGGUCAGACCUUUUGUCUGUGAAAUUGUGUGAGGAAUGAGUGAAUCAAGAUAAUCUGCAUCUGUCUCUGCUUUGUAUCACAUGCUUGAUUUAUUAUUGCUAACGCUGGGGUAGCUGACUGCAGCUCAGAGGAUCUGAUCCAUUUUGCUGUAAAUGAUAUUUCUCACAUUGUAAUUAAAGAAGGGCUGGUGUGUACUUAACUUGGAAGAGCAAAGUUUGUUAUUAGUUUGUUGUCUGUCUUAAACAAUUAGAGAUUGAUUCAAGGAAUUUAUGAACCAAAAACAAACCAGCUUCUUAAAAGUGAUGACAUUCAUGAUUGUUGUUAAUGGUCUCUUUUUCUGUCUCAGAAGAAAGGAUUUCUUAUGAGGUCAGUGAUUUUGCUGAUUGCUUGCUUUGUUUUGCACAUUUUGACGAUGUUAUGUGCUAUAGAUAUUUUCAUUAUUCUGUAAUAAAGAGUGAUUGAUACAUAACAACAUUUAACAUUACAACAUUCUUUAAAAGAUUCUUGCGUCGAAAUUGAUAGGAAAUAAUAAAACAUUUUA